AUGACGGAGCCGCCCGGGGAGAGCGAGUCGGUGGGCCCCCCCGCGCCGCCCCCCGCCGGUCCCGGGGCCGGGCACGGCAGCAAGCAGUACGUCUUCAAGAAGCAUUGCCCCUGCGAGCUGUGCCGGCAGCUCAUCGCAGGCAACUCGCGGCAGGGCCUGCGGUGCAAGGCGUGCAAGGCCGGCGUGCACCUCUGGUGCUCCGAGGGGAUCUCCCACCAGCAGUGCCCCGGCAAGACGACCACCUCUUUCCACCGCAAUUUCAGCUCGCCCCUGCUGCUGCCGGAGCAGGGGGGCUCCGCACAGGGCUCGCCCCCCCCAGACCCCGGCACGAGGGUGGACCCGGUGUACGAGGCACUGCGGUUCGGCACCUCCCUGGCACACGGUGCCAGCCCCACGGAGCUGCCCCCCAGCAUCCAGGCUGCCCGGGGGCCGGCGCGGCGGGACGGGGCACCCAUGUUCUCCUACGUGGCUCUCUACAAGUUCGUGCCGCAGGAGCAGCAGGACCUGGCGCUGCAGCCCGGGGACAGGGUCACGCUGGUGGACGACUCCAACGAGGACUGGUGGAAGGGGAAGGUGGGCGACCGGUUGGGCUUCUUCCCGGCCAACUUCGUGCAGCGCGUCCGUCCCGGCGAGAGCGUCUGGAGGAGCUGCCGGGCCGUGCAGGGCGACAAGGAGCAGGGGCGCAUGAGCCUCAGGGAGAACCAGAUCUGCGUCGGCGUGGGCAGGACCCAGGGCCUCAUCCGGGUGACCAGCGGGAGGAAGCGGGGGCUGGUCCCCGCCGAGGCGCUGACCGAGAUCUGAGGGGCAGCG